CGUGGGAUGCGGGAAGUGGGAAGUGGGAAGUCUAUAGGGAUACAGGGACAUGUAUAUAAUGGCAUCAUGGCUCCCCUCACACCCAUCGUCAUCCUAUUAUUCUUUUUCUUUCUUUCUCGUUUGAUAGCUUUUUCUGAUAAUGGCUUCUUCAACCCCCGCUCUCAGGAACUUCUCUUCCUCGUUCAAGCUGCUCAACCCUGGAUCUGUCUCCUCUACCCCUGCCCACCGACUCCUCCCUUUCAAGUUCUCCAACCCAUCUCCAUCCCACAACCUCACGCUCCACUCCACACACUACAGUUUCCCAAAACCCGCGAGAUCCAUCUCUUUCUCAUGCAAAGCCCAGAGCAGCCCUUCAGAUCCUCCCCGACCCUCUAAAGUGCAGGAACUCCAUGUGUACGAGAUCAAUGAGAGAGACCGUGGGAGCCCAGCUUACCUCCGAUUGAGCCAGAAAUCUGUCAAUUCCCUCGGCGAUCUCGUCCCUUUCAGCAACAAGAUCUACACAGGAGACCUGGAGAAGCGGUUGGGAGUAACAGCGGGGAUAUGCGUGCUGAUACAGAAUGUUCCAGAGAAAAAAGGAGACAGAUACGAGGCCAUAUACAGCUUCUAUUUCGGAGACUAUGGUCACAUAUCGGUGCAGGGGGCUUACUUGACCUACGAGGAUACGUAUCUGGCCAUCACCGGUGGUUCCGGAAUCUUCGAAGGGGCCUACGGUCAGGUUAAGCUUCAGCAGAUUGUUUUCCCCUUCAAGCUCUUCUACACCUUUUACUUGAAGGGCAUCAAUGAGUUGCCGGCGGAGCUCUUGGGGAAGCCGGUCCCCCCGUCUCCCCAUGUGGAGCCAGCGCCAUCCGCCAAGGCCUGUGAGCCCCAUGCCUGUAUUGCUAAUUUCACCGACUGACCCUUGACAAGUAGGAAAUUAUGCGUUUUGGUAGUGGUUGUGGGGUCAUUGUCCCAAAGUGGAGCUCAAGCCUUUACAAGCUAAAGCACCCAAUGUAAUAUUUAGAUUUCAAUAAAGACUAUAAUUAUGCCACAGGGAUUGGCACUUUUUUUUAA